AUGUUAAUUUUCUUGUUUGUAGUUAUAUUUUUUAUUUCUUUGUUUCAUCAUUUGGAUCCACCUAGAAUUUUGGCGUAUCCUAUCGUUGGUAAUAGUUUUUGGAUAAUCUCUGAUUUACCGUAUAUUGGAUUUCAAAAAUUGAUAGAGAAAUAUGGUGAUGUCUUUGGAUUGUACUUGGGAACGAAAUACACCGUGGUAGUGUGUAGUGCUCCGCUGGCAAAAGCUAUCAUAUCAGACAAUUCCGAUAAUUUUAUAAACAAACCUUCUUCGAUUGGAUGGAGAGAGUUUUCUAGUGGACACAAGGAUCUGUUUUUGGCUAGAGAUAACGAUUGGUACACUGUUAGACAAUUCAUGGGAAAGUCAUUCACAACCACACAAUUGAAAUAUCAACUACCAUUGAUCUAUGAUCAAGCUGACAAAAUGAUUGAAUACUUUAGAUCUUUUGCAAAAUCAAAUUUUAAUUUAAAUCCAAAGGAUGCAUGUUAUAAAUAUUCUAUUAAUAUUGCUUUGCAAAUUCUCGUUUCAAAGGAAGUUUCCUAUGAAGAGGAGGUAGAUAAGGAUUUUGGUAAUAUAGUUCAAUAUUGUGAGAAGAUUGCACAUAAUAUAGGAACUAGUGUUGUAUUAGAGUCGUUUGAAUUCUUAAAGCCUUUGGUCUAUCUCUACCUCAACAAACCAAGAAACUUGAUGGAUCAGUUUAUCUUAUCUGCCGAAGAAUUGGGUGACAGAGAUAGAAUUUCAUUUAUAUCAACCGAUUUCAUUGUUGCAGCCGAUUCAGCAUCAGUUACAAUACUUUGGUUCAUUUUAUUAAUGGUGAACAAUCCUGAUUGUCAAGAAAAGGCAUUCGAUGAAAUAAAAUCAGUUGUUGGCAAUAGAGAGAAAGUUGAAAUUCCAGACAAGACACAGUUACCUUAUCUAUGUGCUGUUAUCAAAGAGUGCCAGAGAUAUAUUCCACCUACACCUUUUAUUUUUCCAAGAGAAUCAAAAGAGUCGAUUGUUAUAAAUGAUAUUUUCAUCCCAAAGGGUGCCAAUGUUCUAGUCAACUUUUAUGCAAUGGCCAGAAACAAGAACUACUGGCAGAAUCCCGAUCAGUUUGACCCCAAUAGGUUCAUGAAUAACAAUCAUUCCGAGAACUUUUUGCCAUUUGGUACAGGUCCCAGGAGUUGUAUUGGAAUGAAUCUUGCGCUAGACCAACUCUUUAUUGCCUGUUCCAAUAUUCUAUUAAACUUUAAAAUCAAAUCAACUGACAACAAUCCGAUAUCAGAAGGUGGUUUAACUUAUGACAUCUUAUUAAAACCCAGUCAAUAUGAAAUUAAAUUUGAAGAAAGAGUUAAAUAA